GUUUCCAAAGCAAUGUGGUCCCUGAGCACCGCACCCCUGCCGUAAGCUCUAGGAGACCCCAGGCAAACAUCGCCGGAUCUAGUUCUUUCUCAUUUCCGUUUGGGAAGGCGAAGGCGAGGAUCUCGGACAGACUGCACGAGGAGAAGCUCCUACUGCUGCUGCCGCUGCUGGAAGCAUGCUGCCUGGUCUGCUGAGGGGGGAUUUCUUUUAAGAAUCAAGCUUUUCCUGUAGGCUCGAGGACCCAUCUCCGCACGCAGGGUGGAAGGAGAAAACCGACUCUGUUCUCCGACUAACACACGUGUGGACCAGGGUACACAAGCCUCUUGACUCCCCCAAGCUCAUAUUGGACAGCAGAGACCAGAAUUCCAGAAGGUGAAGUCAAAGGAAAGUGCCUGAGUGUAGAAAGGUCACCAAAGUACUUGAUUUCCAGGUCACAGUCCUAUCUGCUGUUUCUAAACACAGACAUCAUGCCCAGGGGACAUAAGAGUAAGGCUCGUGCUCGUGAGAAGCGCCGCCAAGUCCAAGAUGAGGCCCAGGGGCUCAAGAAUGCUCAAGCCAAGGCAGCAGAGAAAGGAGAGUCGUCCUCCUGCUCUGAUCAUGAUUCUGGAGAUGCUGUUGCAAGCACCUCUACUGCUGGCUUCCCUCAGAGCAAGGCACUUACCACCUCUACUGCUGGCUUCCCUCAGAAGUCUAAAUCUCAGGGUCAGGCACCCACCACUACUGUUAGGAAAGUUGGUCCCUACAGAAGAUCUCGUAAAAGUACCAAAGGCCCAAGGGAGGAAAGCACUAGUUGUACUAGGGUCCCAAGCUUCAUUGAGAACCCACAGAAUGAUCUUUUAACAAGGAAAACAGGUAUCCUCAUGCAGUACCUGCUCUGUAAGUACAAAAUGAAACAGCCAGCCAAUAAGGGAGAAAUGCUGAAAGUUAUCAACAAAAGGUUCAAGGAGCAGUUGCCUGACAUCCUCAAGAAAGCCUCUGAGCGCAUUCAGCUAGUUUUUGGUCUUGAGGUGAAGGAAAUUAAGCCCAAUGGUGGCUACUACACCCUUGUCAGUAAGUUAGAUCCCAAUGUGGGUGGUACUCUGACCACUAGCCUGCCAUUUCCCCAGAAUGGGCUUUUAAUGCCUCUGCUGGGUGUGAUCUUCUUAAAUGGCAAUCGUGCUUCUGAGGCAGAUAUCUGGGAAUUCCUGAAUAUUUUGGGAAUUCAUGAUGGAAAGGUGCACAUAAUCUUUGGGGAGCCCCGGAAGCUCAUUACCAGAGAUUUGGUUAAGGAGAAGUAUUUGGUAUACCAAAAGGAGGCCAAUAGUAAUCCUCCAUCCUUUGAGUUCCUUUGGGGUCCCCGAGCCUAUGCUGAAACUACCAAGAUGAAAGUCCUGGAGUUUUUAGCCAAGGUCAAUGAGACCGUUCCUCAGGCCUUCCCAACUCAUUAUCAAGAGGCUUUGAGAGAUCAGGAAGAGAGAGCCCAAGCUGAAGCUGUAGGCAGUCCUGGCACUAGUGCCAAAGAUGAGGCUGAGUCUAAAGUCAGGCCUGUUAAUUCCUCUUGCAAAGAUGAUGCUGAGUCUAAAGUCAGGCCUGUUAAUUCCUCUUGCAAAGAUGAUGCUGAGUCUAAAGUCAGGCCUGUUAAUUCCUCUUGCAAAGAUGAGGCUCAGUCUAAAGUCAGGCCUGUUAAUUCCUCUUGCAAAGAUGAGGCUCAGUCUAAAGUCAGGCCUGUCGACUCCUCUCACAAAGGUGAGGCUCAGUCUAAAGUCAAACUUGUUGACUCCUCUUCCAAAGAUAAAGCAAAGUCUAAAGCCAAACAUGUUGAUGCCUCUUCCAAAGAUAAAGCAAAGUCUAAAGCCAAACACGUUGAUGCCUCUUGCAAAGAUAAGGCAAAGUCUAAAUAAAGUCUUACCUGCCGAACUCCUCUUAUUCCUAGAGAGAUUAGAGGCAGAUACAUCUUUAGGUUUGGAACAGGGUUUUCCACCUUAAAAGUAGUGAGAGGCUGAUAGUUCAUAAUACAAGUUCAUAAUAAACAUCUUACUAUACUUUCGUUAUACCUUAGUAUUUUUAAGUAUUUCUCUUUUUUGGAAUCCUUAUAUAGGUUCAGAACUCAUAGGUAUAAUUGCCUAUAUCAUAUUAUUUGUUGCUGUAAGAUUUUAAGUAUAAGAAUUUUGAUAUUCUCUUUUACAUUGUAAAAACCCUCACAUCUUUUAAGUUGAUGACUAAGCACCUAUUACUCUGUAAUGGAGUUUUUCUUUGAAACAUGUGAGAGGGUAAUUUGUUCUUAAAAUAGAGGAAAACAAAGCAAAAUGUGUAAACUGCCAUUUUCCCUUAUUCACUUUUGUUUAUAUUUCACUGUUUGGUAAAGUUUGAAGAAGUCUACUCUGUUGUUAGCUGAAUAAAAAUGCAAAAAAAUUUUA